CUCUAUUUCGACUCUAUUUCGACUCUUUCAACUUUCAACUCUUUCAACUCGCAUCAUUCAGGUUGCGCCCCCAAAUACACGUCGCUCGGCCAGAACUCGCUUACCAUCGGCACGCCCGCUCGGGCGCCCUUACCCCCCGCAGACUUUAGAGAUGCGGAGGGCAGCUUGUGGCAGCGGCAGCAGCAGGAGGACCCAACCGCCGCGGCGCCCACCAUGCCUGCAAAACCGCGACGUCUCCGCCGCCAACGUGAUCCGUGUGCUCCUCCUGCUGAAGCUGAUGGGCUUCGAGCGGCCGACCAAGCUGCAGCGGCCGCCAUGGCCCUCCAUGGCCGCCGGCGGCGGCGGGGCCGGGCUGAGAGCCUGAACGGCGCUAGCAGGGCGUGGGGCUGAGGGUGCACGUGUCGAUUGGCGGCGAGUGACGUGACUAGUUUGUUAGCUGCGGGUUAGCACGGACUGUGCACCCCACCCAACCGGCCACGUCCGGAUUUGCGGGGAUGCCAAAGGCCCCCAACAUAGAGGCGUGUGCUUAGUAGGCGCCCGCGUCAAGGUGGCUGGGUUGAUAACGACCCGGGAUCAGCCCU